AAGAAAGUUUCACCCAAAUCUUACAAAGACAUGGGAAAUCAGCUUGCUGGAAUUGCUCCCUCACAGAUACUCUCUGUAGACAGCUAUUUCUCAGACAUCCAUGAUUAUGAAUAUGACAAAAGCCUGGGCAGUACCAGAUUUUUCAAGGUGGCCCGAGCGAAGCACAGAGAGGGUUUAGUGGUAGUGAAAGUGUUUGCCAUUCAGGACCCCUCAUUACCCCUAACCAGCUACAAGCAAGAGCUGGAAGAAUUGAAGAUCCGGCUUCACUCUUCCCAGAACUGUUUGCCUUUUCAGAAAGCCACUCUCACAGAAAAAGCAGCCAUUCUUUUUCGGCAGUACGUUCGUGACAACCUGUAUGAUCGUAUUAGCACACGGCCAUUCCUCAACAAUAUAGAAAAGAAAUGGAUUGCAUUCCAGAUCCUAAAUGCUGUGGACCAGGCUCAUAAGUCUGGUGUGCGUCAUGGGGAUAUUAAGACAGAGAAUGUUAUGGUGACUAGCUGGAACUGGGUGCUGCUGACAGAUUUUGCGAGUUUUAAACCCACGUAUCUUCCUGAGGACAAUCCGGCAGAUUUCAACUACUUCUUUGAUACAUCACGAAGACGAACUUGCUACAUAGCACCGGAGAGAUUUGUGGAUGGCAGUAUGUUUGCUUCAGAGAGUGACCAGAACACACCACUUGUAGAUCUUACCAGCAACAGCCAGAGGACCAGAGGAGAGCUCAAGCAACCCAUGGACAUUUUCUCAGCUGGUUGUGUUAUUGCAGAACUGUUUACAGAAGGCAUCCCACUCUUUGAUCUCUCACAGUUGCUGGCCUACCGCAAGGGACAGUUUCAAACUGAAGUUCUGAUGAAAAUUGAAGACAAAAGUAUCAGAGAUCUGGUGGCCCAGAUGAUACAGCGAGAACCUGAAAAGCGUUUGAAAGCAGAAGAGUACUUGAAACAGCAAAGAGCCAAAGCAUUUCCAGACAUCUUUUAUACUUUUCUUCAGCCCUACAUGGCCCAGUUUGCGAAAGAGACAUUCCAGUCUGCAGAUGAGCGUGUGCUGGUAAUUCGAAAAGACCUAGAGAACAUUCUUCAUAACCUGUGUGAUGGCGGGCAAGCAGGGAAGUCUGAGAAGCAAGAGAAAGCAUCUCAUGAGCUUGGAUCUAACAAAGAACAUGGGCUGGUAGUGCUGGUGUCAGUUAUUACAUCAUGUCUGCAGACCCUGCGCUUUUGUGAUUCUAAGCUGGCGGCAUUUGAGUUGGUGCUUCACCUGGCCAGUCGGCUGAGUGUGGAGAUACUGCUUGAUCGGAUCACUCCUUAUUUACUGCACUUCUGUAAUGACUCAAUGCCUCGUGUCAGGGCAGAGGCGGUGCGGACUCUGGCUAAAGUACUGGCACUGGUCAAAGAGGUGCCCCGCAAUGAUGUCAACAUUUACCCAGAGUAUAUUCUGCCUGGUAUCGCCCACUUGGCUCAAGAUGAGGCCACUAUUGUCAGACUUGCUUAUGCAGAGAACAUUGCUCACCUGGCCGAGACAGCUCUGCGUUUUCUAGAGUUGGUGCAGGAAAACAAUCUUAACUCUGAACAGGACCUAAAUGGAGAAGAUGCUGAGGAAACUCUUCACCCCAACGAAAACUAUGAUUCAGAACUGCAAGCAUUGCAUGAAAUGGUUCAACAGAAAGUGGUGACGCUCCUCAGUGACCCUGAGAACAUUGUGAAGCAGACACUGAUGGAGAACGGCAUUACACGCCUCUGUGUGUUUUUCGGAAGACAGAAGGCCAACGAUGUGCUUCUUUCUCACAUGAUUACCUUUCUUAAUGACAAAAAUGACUGGCACCUUCGGGGAGCUUUCUUUGACAGUAUUGUAGGUGUGGCAGCUUAUGUGGGAUGGCAGAGUUCAUCCAUCCUGAAGCCGUUGCUGCAGCAGGGCCUGAGUGAUGUGGAGGAGUUUGUCAUCUAUAAAGCCCUAAAUGCUCUGACCUGCAUGUGCCAGCUGGGACUACUGCAGAAACCUCACAUCUAUGAGUUUGUCAGCGAUAUUGCGCCUUUCUUGUGUCAUCCGAACCUGUGGAUCCGUUACGGAGCUGUGGGCUUCAUUACUGUGGUUGCGCAACACCUGAACAUUGCUGAUGUGUAUUGCAAACUCAUGCCUUACCUUAACCCUUUCAUUACUCAGCCUAUCAUACAGAUUGAUAAGGAGAUCGUGCUUCUGAGUGUGCUUAAAGAACCUGUAAGUCGCUCCAUUUUUGACUACGCACUCCGCUCCAAAGAUAUCAGCAGCCUCUUUCGACACCUGCUGCUGCGUCAGAAAAAACGUAACGGGUCAAUUCCUGAGUGCCCCAUUCCUGAGGAUCCUGCUAUAGCACAGCUACUCAAGAAGCUUCUUUCACAGGGAAUGACUGAGGCUGAGGAAGACAAACUCUUGGCUCUGAAAGACUUCAUGCUAAAGUCCAGCAAGGCCAAGGCCAACAUUGUAGACCAGACACACAUGAAUGAUGCAGUCCAGAGUGGCAUCAUUGACCUGGGCAUGUUGGGUAUCAGUGGGCGCCAAGUAGAUCUGAUCAAACCAAAGCCGGAGUCUGAGGAUAAAAGAGCUCGUAAGCACACAAAGCAAGACUCUAACCUGAAUGAGGAGUGGAAGAGCAUGUUUGGUUCUCUGGACCCCCCCAGCUCUGCACCAUCUCCGCCGACGGUACCUACUGUUGUAGUUGCGAGCGGUGGUGGGGAACCCAAUGGAACUCUGGCCGGAAGGCGUCUGCAAUCUGAGAGUUCCUCCCAGACUGUUAACCUCCCUCAUGUUCCAUCCUCAACCCAGGUGCCUGACAUUGGAGGCACUCAGCCCAGAAAAACCACAGCACUUCCUGCGAUUCAGGUGGUGCAGUCAGUGAGUGGAGCAGCCACGUACCAGCGGCGUGUGACCACGUGCAAGGCAGAGCUGCAGCAGUUAGUGCAGCAGAAGAGGGAGCAGUGCAAUGCUGAGCGCAUGGCCAAGCAAAUGAUGGAGGGUGCAGAGUGGGAGAGCAGGCCUCCACUGCCAGGAUGGCAUCCUAAAGGAUUGCUUGUAGCUCAUCUCCAUGAACAUAAGUCAGCUGUAAACCGAAUUCGAGUCUCUGACGAGCACUCUAUAUUUGCAACAUGCUCCAAUGAUGGAACUGUAAAGAUCUGGGACAGCCAAAAAAUGGAGGGAAAGACAACAACCACCAGAUCAGUGCUGACUUAUUCCCGCUUUGGUGGUCCUGCGAAGACCUUGACCUUUUGUCAGGGAUCACAUUACCUUGCUGUCGCUUCAGACAACGGCUCCGUUCAGCUUCUUGCAGUUGAGGCCAACAAGCCACCCAAGUCCCCAAAGGUUCAGCCGUGUCAAACCAGAUUUCUGGAUUUGAAAGAGGAUGGCUGUGUGGUGGAUUUGCAUCAUUUUAACUCGGGGGCUCAGUCCGUGCUGGCCUAUGCCACAGUUAAUGGCUCUCUGGUGGGCUGGGACCUGCGCAGCAACACCAAUGCUUGGACCCUCCAUCACGACCUGCGGCUUGGCCUUAUAACCUCUUUUGCUGUGGACAUGCACCAAUGCUGGCUUUGUGUGGGUACAAGCAAUGGAACAAUGGCUUGUUGGGAUAUGAGAUUCCAGUUGCCAAUCUCCAACCACUCCCACCCAGCCCGAGCUCGAAUAAGACGUCUGCUCAUGCACCCCCUCUACCAGUCCUCUGUCAUCACAGCUGUUCAAGGAAACAAUGAGGUGUCAAUGUGGGACAUGGAGACAGGAGACAGGAAGUUCACUUUGUGGGCCAGCUCUGCUCCACCCCUCUCUGAGAUGCAGCCUUCGCCUCAUAGUGUACAUGGUAUAUACUGCAGCCCUGCAGACGGCAACCCUCUUCUACUCACUGCUGGUUCGGACAUGAGAAUAAGAUUUUGGGACCUUGCGUAUCCAGAAAGAUCCUAUAUUGUUGCUGGUGGUGCCAAUGAUUCUUUACACUGCCCCUCUGUAUUCUACAACCGCAAGAUCAUUGAAGGAACAGAAGUAGUCCAGGAGAUCCACAGUAAGCAAAAGAGUGGCUCCACUGAGGACGUCCCUCGUCGAGGCCCAGAGUCCCUGCCUGUGGGCCACCAUGACAUCAUCACUGACAUAGCCACUUUCCAGACAACUCAAGGCUUUAUAGUUACCUCUUCUAGAGAUGGCAUAGUAAAAGUGUGGAAAUGAAAGCACUUAUAAAGAACACCUACAUGCAGGUCUGUUUAGGGCGGUAAUGUGCAAUGUCUAGCUUAAGAUCACUCUAUGUGACCAUAGCAUGUCUGUGCAAUUAUUCACAAUACCAACCACAGUGAGAAGCAUUCAGUUAAUGCCAACACAAGUGGAUUAUGUUUCCUUUUUGGAUGUGUAAAGUGUAAAUGUGACGAUCAUGCAAUGUAUCAGGCCAAACCCAUAACUGUCUUUUAGUUAUAACAAUGGCCUCUCCGAAUCGGAAUAUCAGCUAUAUUUGUCAUAUUAGUGCAAAUUCAUAGGCAGUUGAUUAUGGUCAUCAGUAUUCUGAAAUAAAGAUGAUCUGUAAAUGUG